AUGACACCAAUUAGUCCAGUGGAUUUUAAUUUGAAAAAGAGGGAUAGACCACCAUUUAUCAUAUCACGAACGAAUGCUUCCACGCCUAUGUAUACCAAUUCGACAACGCAAAAGGAAUUUAACGUUGCAUCAACCAGAAUUGCACAGACAUUGAUUAUGCAAGGAUUAGAUUCAGCGAACGAAUCAAUACAGGCUCUGUUGUUGGAAUUGAUUGUUACCAAAGAAUUAAGAAUAUCCAAUGUCCGAUACAAUGUACCAAAGCCAUGCUUUUUGGUUAUUUCUGUGUUACCCCAAGGAUACAAUCGUCUUUCUAUAUCGUCUCAGUUGGAAAUUAGAGGACUGGCAGAGAGAGCGACCAAAGUGCAUGUCAAUAUCGAUAUCACACGUUAUAUUAGGGACAUAGUUGUGGGAAUCCGUACACAUCCAAGAGUUAAAGGUGGGCUGACAGCUAGGUGUAGCCAGGAUUUAGUCAUUGUGACAAAGUAAGAAACAUCACUUUAUAAGUAAACGGGUAUUAAUUCUCUACAGAUCUCUGGCAACGCUGUUUGAAAGGGACUAUUUGACACCAGACUUAGUCGCAAUAGCAGCAGAAAAGGUGUUUAGUCAUCGUUUGCAUGUAUUGGCUAUAAAUGAGCGUGACGAUCAAAUGGAAAAAGAAGA